AUGCUCAGAACGUUUCAGAAGUUGAAUCUUUUAUCUGUUGCAGAGAAAUCCAACAGCAUAGCGCACCUAGUCGAGAACGAGGCUCCGCUGGCGACCACUUCUUCCGGCAACAACAUAUCGGCAAUUGAGGACACGACCGUGACCACCCUGGUGCUGGACGAGGACAACACGAUCGUCGACAUGGAGCCGCCACCGCUGGGCGCGACUUCGCUAUCCAAGAUGGCGAACCUGAGCGGAAGCUACAGCAAUCUGUACCGGGAAUCCGCCAGUGGGAAGCUGUCUCUGGCCACGACGCCGGCCGACGGCGACAAGUCGAUGCAAAACGUCGACGAGAUUAUGAUGGUGUCCAGCAUAAGUGGGCACGAGAACGUCUACAGUAAUAUUCCCAACGAUCCGAGCUUGCACGUGUACUCCAACAUUGGCAGUGGCAGUUCCGCCGGCAAGGGAACGUCAGCUGGCCAAACCCGGCACAGUGCUUCCAGUGGAAGCAAUUUCCACCACCAGCAGCAGCAACAGCAGCUGCCUAGCAGUAAUAGCGUAGGUAAGAGUAAUUUUAGUGCGGUGGCCGCGGUUGACGAGCUCAAUGCUUCCUUCAUCACGAGCGACCUCGACCUGGAUCUGGACGAUCCCGUGAUGUCGAGUUCGUUCGCCAGCAACAGCGCAAAGUCCACGGCGCAAUCGGUGGCGGCGGCGGCCUCCAACAACCUGCUGGACUCCGUUGUCGUGCCCCCUACGAUCGCCCAUUUGCCACCCCUCAAGAGCUCCCAGCCAAUCACGGCCAUCGAGAUGAAGAACGUGAUCAAAACGUUGGACCCUAACGUGAUCAUUCAGUCUUCACCGACUACGACGACGACGACGACAAACGGCACCAGUAGUAAUAGCAACAACGGUACCACAAACAACUCCUUCCUGACCGGUUCCAGCCGGUUGCGACUGCUGCAGGAAUCGACCAUGAUCGACACCGCGCUCGACCUGGACAGCCUGGACGGGUCGAUCGGCAACAACUCACAGUCCUGUUUGGUAAAAACAGCCAUAGUGUGAGAAGAGAAAUUAUCAUCAUCACUAGCUAGCUAGCGUGUGUUCGUGCGUGCGUGCGUGUUUGUGUCAAAACGGUGUCUAUUAGCAUUAUUACAAGUGAAA